AAGAGGAAGACGGCGGUAUAGCGCCCGUGAGAUGCGUUGCUGGGGAGCGGUAACUAAGGAGGCCACAGCGAAGGCCUGGAGCGGUUUGAGGGUUCGGAGAACGGGUUAUUGAUCAGUAGUAACACGAAUGUACUGAAUUAGUCUUGUAUUGAACUAAUCAACGGAUUAAUGAGCUGAUACUCCGUUACCAGAGUCAACCAUGGUGAAACUGAGGGCCAAAUGCCUCCUGGCUGGCGACUCCACUGUUGGGAAGAGUGCAUUGGUGCAAGUAUUUCGCAGUGAAAAUGCCCAUUUUCUGAAAAAUUAUACCAUGACAACUGGAGUGGAUGUGUAUGUAAACCCAGUCUCUAUCCCAGACACUUCAGACAGUGUGGAGCUUUUCCUAUUUGACUCUUCAGGGAAAGAAAUCUUCUACGACAUGGUGGAAAGUCAAUGGGAGUUUGCAGGGGUCAUCUGCCUCGUGUAUGACAUCACCAAUGCAGCAUCUUUCAACAGCUGUACAAAGUGGCUGGAAAGGGCCCGGGCUCAGGCUCCCAACGGCCAGCUACCAGGAGUGCUUGUGGGCAACAAAAUGGAUUUAGCAAGCAGGCGAAUGGUGGAGUACACACAGGCGCAGGAAUGGGCAGCCAGCCAGGGUCUGGAGUACUUUGAGACCUCUGCAAAAGAGAUGGAGAACUGCAACGCUCCAUUCUUGAGCCUGGCAAAAGCAUUCCAUCGUAUGUACGAGGAGAAGCUGGAACACAUCCGAUCCAUUGUGUGAGACAGCCCUUGUUGCUGUCUCUUUCUGCCCAGUAGAAUGACUUCUUCCUGAUCACUGACUCCUCUGCAAGAUGGCACCCUGUCUGGCUUACCCACCUCUCUCACUCUGUAGUGCAUCGUGUUCCUGAUGUGAACUCCAUUUCUCUUUCUUUGCUUCUCUCUUACUCUACACGUCUGUCUGCCUGUUUAUGUCUCUCACUUUCACACUCACACAUCCCUGUAUACAACAGGCCAACCAGGCGAUGCCUAAAAGAA